AUAUCGCCUGCUUGGAAGCAGAAGGGGCUAUAUGCAUUUUUUUAAGAAAAUGAGAUUUUUACACCAUCAGAAGCAGAUACAUCAUAUCUACCUUGUGUAGAAAUAUCUAAGUAGUUUGAUGAUUAAUAAAAGAGUUAUUUUGUUUUUUAAAAAGGCCUAUGUGCUGAUAUGCUAUUUCUCUAUAAGCUAUAAGGGGCUAUGUGCAUAAUUACAAUGCAAGAAGGUGUUAUCUGUCAUAUAACACCUUCUGGUUUUCUGUUUCUGGCUACUGCUACAAGAGGAUCACUGAAGUAACCUGAUGCCACUAGGUCAGUUUACAAGCCUAUCUCACUGACUUCCAUUCAGCUCAUGUUACAACAUCCAAUGAUAUCACCUAACAAAUAGCCUACAAUGGUUCUAAUCUAUCCAUGUACAUCUCCCCUUGUGAAUCACAUGUUUUUUGCUUGUCUGGUGUAAAAUUAGAUAAAUAAGGUAAGUUUUACACUUUUAUUUUGUACAAUAUAUAAACAAUUAUUUAACUUACAAAGAUAAUAUCCUAUUGCAUCUCAUUAUACUCAUUAUAAAAAAGGGCAUGACGUUUAUUGUACCAAUACCAUAGGCAUAGCCCCCCCCCCAAAUAAAUUAUAUUUUGAUUUUAAUUUAAAUUAUAAUUAUUUUCCUGUUUAUUUGAAGCAUACAAUAUGUUACGUUUGUUUUUUAGUUGAGAAAUGGAUACGGUUGAUAUGGAUAUUUGGUCCGAUGACGAAGCGUUUGCAAAUAUUGAUCUAGAGCAAUACAAUUAUGAGAAUACGAUCCCUGGUUGUUUGGAAAAAACAGGUCCAGAUAAAUUGGAACAGACAUCUACUGAUCAUGUUUACAAUGUCCAAGACCGUGUGAACCAGAUAGCCCCUGAUUGUGUGAACCAGAUAGCCCCUGAUUGUGUGAACCGGAUAGCUCCUUAUCGUGUGAACCAGAUAGCCCCUGAUCGUGUGAACCAGAUAAACCCUGAUUGCGUGAACCAGAUAGCCCCUGAUUGUAUGAACCAGAUAGCCCCUGAUCGUGUGAACCAGAUAGCCCCUGAUCGUGUGAACCAGAUAAACCCUGAUUGCGUGAACCAGAUAGCCCCUGAUUGUGUUAACCAGAUAGCCCCUAAUCGUGUGAACCAGAUAGCCCCCGAUCGUGUGAACCAGAUAAACCCUGAUUGCGUGAACCAGAUAGCCCCUGAUUAUGUGAACCAGAUAGCCCCUGAUCGUGUGAUCCAGAUAGCCCCUGAUCGUGUGAACCAGAUAGCCCCUGAUCGUGUGAAUCAGAUAAACCCUGAUUGCGUGAACCAGAUAGCCCCUGAUUUUGUGAAUCAGAUAGAACCUGAUUGCCUGAAACAGAUAGCCCCCGAUUGGGUUAACCAGAUAGACCCUGAUUGUAUAGACCCUGAUUGCGUCAACCAUAUAGACCCUGAUUGCCUGAACCAGAUAGCCCCCGAUUGCCUGAACCAGAUAGCCCCCGAUUGCCUGAACCAGAUAGCCCCCGAUUGUGUGAACCAGAUAUCCCAAGAUUGUGUGAACCAGAUAGCCCCUGAUUGUGUGAAGAAGGCAGCUCCUGAUCAUGAAUUAGAUAUAACCCCCAAUGUCCUUGAUACAUUGUUUAAUCCACCCGGCUGGGAUCAGAACAUAAAUCUACCAACCUUCGCAGGAAACCAAGAGAUGAAACCUGGAUGGUCUACAGAAGAUGACACACCAUUGAUAAAUCUAAAGCCAGUGCAUCUCGACGGGCCUUCAGAAUGGGACACAGAGGAUGAAAGACCAUUAGUCACCAAUAAAUACAUAGGAAUUGAAGAAAUGAACAGUGAAUCAGAGGUUAUUGAUGAUGUGGACGCUGACUCUAGUUUUAAUCCAACUCCUGCUGACAUUAACUCAGAUGAUUCUGAAGCAGAUAUGUUACUGUCUUUGUGUGUGAAAAAACGCAAAAGCACUUUAAAGUCACGAGACAAAGGGUGA